UACCGCUGUAUCGAGUGCAACCGGGAGGCCCAGGAGCUGUACCGGGACUACAGCCACGGCGUACUCAAGAUAACCAUCUGCAAAUCUUGCCAGAAACCAGUAGACAAAUAUAUUGAGUAUGAUCCUGUUAUUAUCUUGAUUAAUGCCAUUUUAUGCAAAGCCCAGGCCUAUCGACAUAUUCUUUUCAACACUAAAAUAAAUAUCCAUGGGAAACUCUGCAUGUUUUGUUUGCUUUGUGAAGCAUACCUGAGGUGGUGGCAGCUGCAAGACUCAAGCCAGAACACAGCCCCAGAUGACUUGAUCCGAUAUGCCAAGGAGUGGGAUUUCUACAGGAUGUUUGUGAUUGCUUCUUUCGAACAAGCUGCCUUUUUUGCUGGCAUUUUUGCUUUCCUGUGGGUAGAGCUACCCAUGACAACAAAAAAAAAGCCCAACUUUGUUUUACUACUGAAAGCGCUGCUGUUGUCCAGCUAUGGGAAACUCCUGCUAAUCCCAGCUGUCAUCUGGGAACAUGACUACACACCUUUGUGCCUCAGGCUCAUUAAAGUAUUUGUCCUGACAUCGAAUUUCCAGGCAAUCAGAGUGACUCUGAACACCAACCGCAGGCUCUCCCUGCUGGCUGUGCUGAGUGGCUUGCUGCUGGAGAGCAUCAUGGUCUACUUCUUCCAGAGGAUGGAGUGGGAUGUGGGCAGCGACUGUGCAGUCUACAAAUCUCAGGACUUCUGAAGCUUUAUUCUUCACUCUCUGUGGCAGAACCAGUUACCGAAGAAGAGAAAGCACAAGAGAAAGCAAGUCUCUACUUUCUGUGAGUGAAAUCAAGCCUGGGGAUUCCUGAACCCACCCAGACACCCCCAGGAAGAUCUGAACCACCUAGACACAAGGCUAAGAGCACUACAGUGACACACGGGCAGGCACCGUGGUUCCAUCAGCUCGAUUCCUUUGGUGUGUUUAUAUCCUUUAAAUAUUACAUUGCUGGCUUAAAAAUCAUAUUUUGUGUUUUUUCUGACAGAAGCACUUUUAAGUAGUCUUUCAGAAUAAAUAAAAUUUUUAUACAUUUCUGAUUCAG